GUGUUUUCCGUCCACACAACGCACGCGAGGUCCAUCGCUCCUCCUCUCCGUCACCGAGAAAAUGUCGGUCUCCUCCCCGGCCAUGGCCUCGCCCCCUCUCGCCGCGCCCGGCACUCACCGCGGCCCCUGCUUCUCGACCCUCUGCCGCUUACCGUCGCCUUCCUGCUACCCGCCUCUUUCGGCUUCCUCCUCACCGGCUAUCUCCACCGUCUCCGCAUUCGCUGUCCUCAAACACAAGCCCAGAGUUCGUAACUACGUUUCAGGUCUGGGACUAAGGUGCCAGGCCGCGGAGGAGGCACCACCGCCGGCGCGGGGUAAGACUUCGCUCAAGGUGAUGAUUUCGGGAGCUCCCGCCUCGGGAAAAGGAACGCAAUGCCGCAUGAUCGUCGAGAAGUAUGGUUUAGUUCACAUAUCAACUGGUGAUCUUCUGCGAGCUGAAGUAUCUUCUGGCACAGAAAUUGGCAAGAAAGCAAAAGAAUACAUGGACAAUGGAAAGCUUGUGCCGGACCAAGUUGUGACAGAUAUGGUGGUAUCACGACUGUCACAACCGGAUAUACAAGAAAGAGGGUGGCUUCUUGAUGGUUACCCAAGGAGCUUCAGUCAAGCACAACACCUUGAAAAUUUGAAAAUAAGACCGAAUAUAUUCAUUGUGCUAGAAGUUCCUGAUGAUGUUCUAAUCGACAGAUGUGUUGGAAGACGGCUGGAUCCUGUGACUGGCAAGAUUUACCAUUUAAAAAACUACCCCCCGGAGAAUGAGGAGAUUUCUGCCCGACUUAUUACACGUUCUGAUGACACAUUUGAGAAGGUUAAAUCACGUCUUGAUACGUACAAGCAAAAUUCUGAAGCUAUUCUUCCUACAUACUCUGAUUUGCUUAAUAAGAUUGAUGGAAACUGCCCAGCCGAAGUUGUUUUUCAGGCGAUAGAUUUCCUGUUACAGAAGAUCUGUGAGAACACUUCAGCGAGCAAGUUGACCAAAACAAAUGGAAAACGACCAGAUUCUGCGGAUACAGGUUCAAAAAAUGAGUGGCGUGGAAUUCCAACGAGGUUGAAUAACAUUCCACAUUCUAGGGAAAUUAGGGAAUACUUCUACAACGACGUGUUAAAAGCUACAAAACUUGCUAUUGAAGAUAAAAAGACUCGGUUGCAGAUAGAUAUCAAUAUUCCUGAACUUAACCCUGAAAUGGAUGUUUACCGCAUAGGAACCCUCAUGGAACUUGUAAGAGAACUUUCUCUAUCCUUUGCAGAUGAUGGGAAACGUGUCAAGGUCUGUGUUCAAGGCUCCAUGGGGCAAGGUGCAUUUGCUGGCAUCCCACUUCAACUGGCAGGAACCAGAAAAAUUUUGGAAUUCAUGGACUGGGGUGACUAUGGGGCGAAGGGCACCUUCAUUAAUAUUGGAGCAGUAGGUGCGCAGGGCGUGCAGAUCGUGACGACGGGGAGCGCAGGGGCGCCAGCGUUGCUUGGGAAGAUGGGUCUGCCGUGGGGGAGUCCAGGCAUGCUACAGAUGAGCACAGGCGCGCCGUGGGGUAGAGCAAACCACCGUCGUCGUUGCUGAUGGGGAGGCCGGUGGUCACCAUGACCGCAGGGCCGGUGCUGGGGAGGGCAGGGCCACAACGGGGCCUGUGGGUCCGACGAAGAAGGCCUACUGGGGACGUUGUUACUGUUGAAUCCCCCCGUUCCCCAGGCCAGGCCACAUGGUGAUGUGACUGAUCUAGGGGUUGUAGGAGGGCCAGGCGGGAGCGGGUGCCUGUUCGGCUUGGGUGCGCUGCGUCUAGAGGGAAGCAUCGCCAAGGUUGACCAUGGAGCAGAUUAGAGCUGCUAGGGGGCCUGGCGGCUAUGCUAGGAAGGAAAACGAAAACGAUAGGGAAAAUCUAGGUCUCUAGAUACAUACCAUGACAGAAUGAGCUGCCAGAUAUUGGAUUAAUGGUAGAGGUACAAGGGGGUAUAAUAUAUAGGCAUGGAUUGUCUAAGGUUUAUAGAAAGCAUGCAAUCAAUAGAAAUCCUUGCAUAAUCUAAAGCACCCAAUCAAUGAAGAUCUUUGUGUAAUCUAUGAUUUGUUCUCGAAAGCGUAGGAGAGCUACACAUCAUAUAUAUAAAGAAGAAAAAGGUCUAAAAUAGGCCAAUACAAAAAACUGGAAAAAAAACAGUGGCCAAGACCAGCUCAUGGCGGCCGAAAGCAACAAAACAUAAAAACAUCCAACAUUACAGCUAGGAGAGACUAAAUCCGCGGCAACUACCAUAAACAUCAAGGCACAUAUGGCAGACAUGAUCAAUCUAAUUACAUAGUCUAACACUACUAUGUACUAAUUAUUGCUCAAAAGAUAACAUACGAUAUACACAUUUUUGUUCUUUUCUUCUCAUCUUUGUUUGUUUGGGAUUCCUACGGAAGGGCCUCUAGCUGUGUUGGUUAGGUGGUCCGAGUAGCACUCCUCAGAUCCUGGGUUGGACUCCCCGUGGAAGCGAAUUUUAGGCUGUGGUUAAAAAAUGUCCUCGUUUGUCCCAUGCCAAAGCACAGGUCUAAGGCCCAGCUCCGGCCGUGGUCGUUCUCACAUGGACUACGGUGCCGCUGUGUACGCGUGGGGCUUAUGGCGUAGCUUUAGCGUCGCUAAAGCGAUAAGGCGAGCGUGGAGGCAUAAGGCGUCUUGUCGCCUUGCCUGCGAGAGUAAGGGCGGCAGCGCGUGUCGCAUAUCUCCCGCCGGCGGCGCGCAGGGAGGAGAGCUAUGGAGAGGGAGAAGCUGCUGCUAUCGGCUAAGGGACAAUCUGCUGCUAGCAGCUGAGAAGGUGCUAGAGAUGUUGACAAAGAAGAUGAUAUGUUUGUCCUCAUUGCUCCACAAAAUGCUGUUGGAAACUGCAUAAUUGAUGAUAUGAGAGCUAUGACUGAUGCUGCUGGUGAUAGACCUGUGAUUCUUGUAAAUCCUCGCCUAAAGGAUAUGCCUGCAUCAAGUGGUGUUAUGCAAACAAUGGGAAGGGAUAUUAGGCUGAAGUAUGCUGCAUCAUUUGAGACAUGCUAUUCAUUCCGUCUUCUCUACUACGCUGGUUCAUUCUAUCCUAUUAUGGGAGCUUUAAGGAUGGCUUAUCCAAAUAAAUAUGAGAUUUAUCGAAGGGUUGACACUCUCAAUGGAAAAGAGAACUAUAUUCUUAUAGCUGAAUUCACGAACAAGCCAACUCCUGAUGAGAUCACCAGUGCUUUCAAAGGACAAAAAAGGGAAGAAAAGGCAUCUUCUGGAUUCUGGGGUUUCUUAAGUGGUUUAUUUUAAGUCAAGCGAUCUGCUGUACGGCGAUGCAAUCCUCCUUGUAUAUUUUUAUCUGAUAAUGGAUGUAAUAUGGUUCGGAAAAUAUCCGUUCGGAUCAGGAUUCGAAGAUGGUGAACACUGGUUCAGAUGGAAUUUUCGGAUAUCCGGACUUUUUUCGGAUAACGGAUACGAAUACGAAUAUUUUGUUCGGAUAUCGAAUUCGAAUACAAUAUGUCUGAUAUUCGUCGGAUAUCGAAUAUCUGGAUAUUUUCUCGGAUAAAUCUUCUCGGAUAUCCGGAUAUCUUAUCUGGAUAGCUGUGUGCAUUUUGUUGAUUGUUUGUAGAAAGAAAUUAAUAAUACACAAAUAGCCUCAAAAAUUCAUGAAAAUUUAUGGAGGCAUACCAUAUGUCCACAUAUAAUCCUCCAAAAUAUUUGGACCAUAAAAUCCACAAUAUUGUAGUGUUUCUUUCAUUUCACUUUCACUUGUGUGAAUUACAUGAGAAAUCACUCUAAUUAUCCAAGUUCACUUUAUCAUUUUCAUA